GUGUGAAUCUUACGUUUCGGAUAAACCGAAACUUCGUGUCGAUGAGGGUUACCCGAAAAACAUAAAAGUAUGGGAUGGUUUAGAGAUCCCGAUAGACGCCGCAUACACAGAUUUAAACGGCAACCUAUACUUCUUUAAAGGAAAAAUAUUCUGGAAAUUGGAUGACAAAAAUUUGAGUGUAUUGCCAGGAUACCCAAAAAACAUCGGCAAAGAUUGGCUGAACUGCGCAUCAGAUGUUGAAAAAAAUAGCACGAGCGGUGGAAGCGAUUGUUCUCCAGAUAUCGGCUGUCUACCUUCAUACCUAUACGUCAUCAAGCAUGUUUGUCUGCACGGGGCCUAUGAUGAUAUGGGCUUAGAACGAACUGGGUCUCUGCGCAAUCACAACAUUCGCAUCGGAGUGGGCACUCUCGUUGCAUGUUUCUUCGAUCCCCUAGGGGUCACCAAAUUGCUUCGUGUAGAUGUUGCAGCUGAUGAGGUUGCUGCUGCUGGUGAUGAUGCAGUGGAUGUGGCUGCAGUACCUGAGAUAAGUGAGUUUGUGAAGCGCUAUUUUCGCAAUGUUCAACAGUGGUUUUCAGCAAAUUUUGCAAACAGAUGGGUCUUGAGAUCCUCUCUGAACUUCGUAAGUGAUGGAGAAUUAGUCAGAGAAUCAGAGAAGGAGGUAAAGAGUUCCAGAGAAAAAGGCCAAAAAAACAAAUGCAGAUUUAGCAAAAGAGUGUUUAAGAAAAGAGAACAAGAAGACAAUUGUAAACCGGGGCUUUUAGGUUCAAUUAAUAUAUCUAAUAAGUAA